CAACAACACCCUACGACCACCACCACCACCGCCUGUCUCCCUAGUCUCACCCGCCUGCAAAACCACUCCUUUCCUCCCCAGGAAUUGCCUUUGAAUUCUCCCGCACAACCAUCCCCAGACCGACACCACCACUCCCAAGCAGCCAUGGCCGACUCUCUCACCGAGGAGCAAGUCUCCGAGUUCAAGGAGGCAUUCUCCCUCUUCGAUGGCGAUGGUCAAAUCACAACCAAGGAGUUGGGCACCGUCAUGCGCUCUCUUGGCCAGAACCCCAGCGAGUCUGAGCUCCAAGACAUGAUCAACGAAGUCGAUGCCGACAACAACGGAACCAUUGAUUUCCCUGAAUUCCUCACCAUGAUGGCCCGCAAGAUGAAGGACACCGACUCCGAGGAAGAGAUCCGGGAAGCGUUCAAGGUCUUCGACCGCGACAACAACGGCUUCAUCUCCGCUGCUGAGCUGCGCCACGUCAUGACCUCGAUUGGCGAGAAGCUUACCGACGACGAGGUUGAUGAGAUGAUCAGAGAAGCUGAUCAAGAUGGCGACGGGCGUAUCGACUACAACGAGUUCGUCCAGCUCAUGAUGCAGAAGUAAAGGGACAAUGGAUUGAAUGCUUUGGAUGUGUAAUUUGCAGUUGGCAUGGUAGCCAGGCUGAUCUCUUCUUGUUAUUGGUAGCGAAUCCGUCUCCUCUUCGUGGUUGGGGUACGAUACGGUUGCUUGCAGCUCCCUCUGCAGCUUAGCUUGUCUGGUUCGAUCCAUGUGGGAGACGAGCUCGAAAUCCUCAAAUACAUUCUUCUAUGCCUCCCUACCACGGUUCCGCCCAUCACACGUAACAUUUCGUCUCUACCGAAUUACACUUUAUGCUAGGUGCGAUUUGCGCAAUGCAGGGUCCGUGGCAGACGUGGCCAAGCUCCAUCUUGGCUGGCGCCAAAGUGGGCCCUGUCCCCCAGUUUCUCCUGGCUGCAUGACUAAUGAUAAUAACCACCACCAUCUGGGAGUGCCUGCUUGGUGUGCAUCAUCUAUUUCCCCUCUCAAUUGCCCUUUUUUAUUCCUCUCUCUCUCUCUCUCUCUCGCUUUUGGACAUCUCCAUGAUUGUCUUUCGCCUCGUUCGCCAAC